AUGGCCAAGGUCGUCACGUACGAAGAGCUCAAGGCACACUCUACUAAGGACAAUCUUUAUGUUCUUAUCCAUGGAGAAGUGUACGAUGUUACUAAAUUCAUCGACGAGCACCCGGGAGGUGACGACGUGAUCUUGGCUGAAGCUGGCAAAGAUGCAACCCAAGCUUUCGAAGAUGUUGGCCACUCUGACGAGGCUCGUGACCUCCUUCCUCCUCUCCUUGUCGGAAGUUUUGAGAAGGAAGGCGCUCUGAAAAUCAGCGAUACCAAGGCUCCCGGCUCUGGCGCUUCGGUCUCUGACGCCGUUGAGCAGGGUUCAAACCUGAUGUACUUCAUCCCAUUGACCCUACUGGGAGCAUACUUUGCAUGGCGCUUUUAUGGAGCAUGA